AUGGAUACUUACCUGGUAGAAAGAAAUCAGACGAUAUUCUCACUCAAAUAUAAAAACACUCAACACAAAGAGUGUUCAAAUAUAGAAACAUCACGUACAGCUUUUCAGCUUUCAACUUCCAUUAAUAACUCAGUUUUUAUCAUAGCUUUACAUGUGAUUGAGAAGUUUUUUUCUUUAACUUUACCACUAUCUAUAGCACUACAAAAAGUAAAUAUUGAUUUGUCAUAUUGUUAUGAGCGAGUAACAGAUGUAUGUCAAAUAUUUAAAGAAAUUCGAGAAAAUGGCGAUGAUGAGUUUAAACAAAUAUUUUCUAAUGUAGAAGAGUCUAUGUUAGAAGGAAUUAUUGAGGUACCAAGAACUGUAGGUCGACAAACUGCACGUAACAAUAUUCCAUCUGAUUCUCCGGAACAGUAUUACAAAAGAUCAAUAUUUUUACCGUUUUUGGAUCAUUUUAUUUGUCAAUUACAAGAUAGAUUUACUAAUCAUCAUCAUGUAAUGGGCAAACUACAAUCACUUAUUCCAAAUUUUCUUAAAAAUACAACUGAUAUAAAAGAUUUUCAAGAGGUAGCGCUUUUUUAUAAAGAUAUUUUACCUAAUUAUGAAACAUUUGACGCAGAAAUUAAAAUAUGGCUAGCUAAAUGGAAAAAUGUAUCUGAUAGAGACCGUCCAACUACAUCAUUGACUACUUUGUCUGCAAUGUCUUAUGAUUUUUUCCCAAACAUUCACAGUCUUUUGACAAUUUUGGCCACAUUACCUGUUACAACUGCUACUGCUGAACGGUCAUUCUCAACUCUACGGAGACUUAAAACAUACUUACGAAACAAUAUGGGAGAAACGAGACUUACUGGAUUGGCUUUACUAAGCAUAUACCGAAAUGUUGAUUUAAAUGUAGAAGAAAUUAUCGAUAGAUUUGCAAUGUUACCACGAAAAUGGGAUUUUAUACUUUAGUUUGUAUUUUUUUUUAUAUAAAAUAUAUAAAUUGUUUGAUUUUUUUCUUCUAUCUAUACUUAAAAUGUUAAUAUACCUAGGUAACUGUAUGUGCAUAUAAUAAUCAAAUACAUUUCUGUUCUGUUCAUAAUAGGUACAUAUUAUUUAAAGUUUUAUUUAUUUUUAUUACUAUUAUUAUUCCUAAUAUUCCUAUUUCCUAAAUAUACUUACUUCUGAACACUGAACAAAUGACAUACAUAAUAAAGUUUAAAAAUGUAGCAUAAUAAUUAAAAAAUUAAAAAUAAUGAGUAAGUAGGAAGACAUUGUUUUAUUAUGUUGCUGUACAAUUUGUAUUGCUAUAUUUUGUAAACCCCCCCCCCGAAAUUUUAUUCUGUGUACGU